UUUUUUUUUAAGUUUUAUUAAAAACAAACCUAAAAUGGCUGCUUUAUCAGAAUACGAAAGAAAACGAUUAGAGAAUAUAAAAGCUAAUGAAGAACUACUACGCAGUUUAGAAAUCCCUGUAUUAGCAACAACAAAGCGAAAAGCGACCUCUUCACCAAGUAAUAGUAGCAUUAAGAAACAUACACCUAAACAAAUCAAAAAAGAACCUCGCAUGCCCACUCGUUCCUCUGCUCGAUUGCGUGGUAAGAGUCCAGAAAAGCAGAUUGAAAGUGACAUUGUCAGUCUUGAAACAAAGCAACCCAAAACAAUCGAUGCAUUAAAUGAAAUAGAUAAAAAAAAACUAGUAGACAUUAUGAAAGAUGCUCUUCGUGAUGUACCUAAUACACAAGUUAAAAAAGAUAGGAUCAAGACUGAAAAGGGUGAACAAUCCGAUCAAAUCUUAAAAAGUCAAUUAGAACAUUUAAAGAUCCAACAUGAAUGGGCUACUGUCAAAGUGACACCUAAUCGUAUUACAGCUGAUUUAUUUCAUCCCUCUGUUGCAAAACUUCUUGCUUGUGCAGUAGAUACAGAAGGCUAUCUUGGUAUUUGGGAUGUUAAUGCAAAAGAAGAGGAAACUGAAGACCCUGUUGUAUAUCAAUAUAAGCCUCAUACACGAAACAUCACGGAUUUGCAUUUUAAUCCUUCUGAUAAUUCUAAAUUAUUAACAUCUUCUUAUGAUGGAUUACUUCGAGUUUAUGAUAUGAAUAAAGCUGAAUUUAUGACUAUGAAUCUUGGUGGAGAAACUUAUCCCAUUACAUGCUUCGAUAUAACUCAAACAGGCAAUAUAAUUUGGUUUUCUACUUCAGAUGGUGAAGUAGGCGUAGUUGACUCUCGAACAGGAGAUACACCUUUGAUUCAUGCACCAAAAGAGAAAAAGAUUGGCUGUCUUCAUUUAAAUCCAGUAGAUCAAAACCUAUUAGCGCUUGCAAGCAAUGAUAGAACAACAACGAUCUGGGAUAUUCGUAUGUGGAAUAAGAGAAAGAGGGAAGUAGGAGAACCAUUACAAUCAAUUGAGCAUGGAUACUCUGUUACAAGUGCUUAUUGGUCACCUAAUGGUGAUAUCCUUGCAACUGCCUCUUAUGAUGAUUACAUAAGAUUAUUUGAUUUAAACAAAAACAAUAAAACAGUUGAAUUAAAAUCAGCCAUUAAACAUAAUAAUCAUACUGGAAGAUGGGUAACUAAUUUUCGUGCAAGAUGGAAUACAAAUCAAGUAAAUGGUUUAGAUGUUCAACAUUUGAUUAUUGGCAACAUGAAUCAAACCGUAGAUAUUUAUUCAGGAGAGACAGGAGAGGAGAUUAUACAGUUUUAUGACAGUGAACAUAUUACAGCAAUACCAAGCGUGUGCCAAUUCCAUCCAAUGACAUCUAAUCCAAUCAUUUUAACAGGUAACGCAUCAGGUAGAAUGGUAUGUUGGAGUUAAGAAGUUCCAAAAAAUAAACGCUCUAUAAAAUUACCUGCACUCCACCUUUGAUCUUGCUGUCUUUUUUGUUGCUGAAACGCUGAAUUAUUUAAUAAAAUUUGUCUACGUUGUUCCAUAUGAGGUAUAUU